CUAAAAGAAUUCAUCAACAUCUAGGUUUGUACUCAUCUCACAACUAGCUAUAUUAUUCCCCUUAUUUUCGAGCCUCCACCACCACAACAACAUUGUUAGCAGAGAGAACAUCAACAACAAUGGCUGUGAAAGAACCACAAACUCUGCAACAUGUUGGUAAUGGUGAUGUUGUUGAUGCAAAAAAACAUCAACAGAAUUUUGAUCCAAGUGCUCCUCCACCAUUCAAGAUUGCAGAGAUUCGUGCUGCCAUUCCAAAACAUUGCUGGGUCAAGAAUCCAUUGAUUUCUCUUGGUUACGUUCUAAGAGAUUUGUUCAUUGUCAUUGCAUUGAUUGCUGCUGCAAUUCAUUUCAAUAACUGGAUCUUUUGGCCAAUCUAUUGGAUUUCUCAAGGGACAAUGUUUUGGGCUCUUUUUGUUCUUGGACAUGAUUGUGGCCAUGGAAGCUUUUCAAAUAGUUCUUUACUGAAUAGUUUGGUGGGCCAUUUCUUGCAUUCAUCAAUUCUUGUACCAUAUCAUGGAUGGAGAAUCAGUCAUAGAACUCAUCAUCAAAACCAUGGUCAUGUUGAGAAAGAUGAAUCAUGGGUUCCUCUGACAGAGAAGAUGUACAAGAGUUUAGACAACAUGACAAAAACAAUGAGAUUUACUUUUCCAUUUCCAAUCUUUGCAUACCCUUUUUAUUUGUGGAACAGAAGUCCUGGUAAAGAAGGUUCACAUUUCAAUCCAUAUAGCAAAUUGUUCACACCAAGUGAGAGAAAAGAUGUGAUAACUUCAACUGUUUGUUGGAGUAUCAUGUUUUGUUUGCUUACAUAUUUAUCCUUAAUUAAGGGUCCAAUUGUUAUGCUCAAACUCUAUGGUGUUCCAUAUUGGAUCUUCAUUAUGUGGUUGGACUUUGUCACAUAUAUGCAUCACCAUGGUUACAGUCAAAAACUCCCUUGGUACCGUGGACAGGAAUGGGAUUAUCUAAGGGGUGGUCUAACAACGGUGGAUCGUGACUAUGGUUGGGUUAACAACAUUCACCAUGACAUUGGCACCCAUGUUAUUCAUCAUCUUUUUCCACAAAUUCCACAUUAUCAUUUGGUUGAAGCGACUGAAGCAGCAAAGCCAGUGCUAGGAAAAUAUUAUCGUGAGCCAGAGAAAUCAGGGCCAGUUCCACACCAUCUAUUCAAGUAUUUCCUUCACAGCAUGAGUCAGGACCACUUUGUGAGUGACUCAGGAGACAUCGUAUUCUACCAAGCAGAUCCUAAGCUCCAAAAUAAUACUUGGACCAAGUCUGAGUAACAACAUUUUAUGCUAAAUUUAAAUUUGUUUCUGCCACUCAAUUGUUUCUUUUAGGUUACUUAUAAUGUUUUACCAUAGCAAGUCUAGGUGAAUUGUAUAAGAUUUUGUUUCAUGAAGAACGUUAGAAAUGCGUUUGUGUUUUUCAAUAAUUCAUGACUUUUAUUUAAUUUAAGAAGUUAUGUUAUAAAUGCA